AUUCACAUUUUCAUUUCAUUUCAACAAACAUAAUUACAACUUCCUAUAGUUUCAUCGAUCGGCUUCAGCUCGGCUGGACCAUCCACACCGCCGAUUUUUGCGGCAGCUCCGACUACCUUCUCAUCACCAUUCAUUCAUUCUUCUUUAGUGUGUUUUGGUUUAGUUGCAAAGUUCAAGACUUUGAGAGGGAGAUUGUAAACUGUGAAAUAUGGUGAAGUUGACUUUAAUUGCUCGUGUUACUGAUGGUCUUCCAUUGGCUGAAGGACUGGAUGAUGGUCGUGAUCUUAAAGAUGCUGAAUUUUACAAACAGCAAGUUAAGGCUUUGUUUAAGAAUCUCUCAAGAGGACAUAAUGAUGCAUCAAGGAUGUCAGUUGAAACUGGUCCUUAUGUUUUCCAUUAUAUUAUAGAAGGACGGGUCUGUUACUUGACAAUGUGUGAUCGUGCAUACCCCAAGAAACUAGCAUUUCAAUAUCUCGAAGAGCUCAGGAAUGAAUUUGAGCGUGCUAAUGGGUCUCAAAUUGAAACUGCUGCAAGACCUUAUGCCUUCGUUAAAUUUGACACAUUUAUACAGAAGACAAAGAAACUUUACCAAGAUACGCAUACACAGCGUAAUAUUGCAAAGUUGAAUGAUGAACUUUAUGAAGUCCACCAGAUUAUGACUCGAAAUGUGCAGGAAGUUCUUGGUGUUGGUGAACAGUUGGAUCAGGUCAGCCAAAUGUCCAGUCACCUAUCAUUAGAAUCUCACAAAUAUGCUAACAAGGCUAGAGAUUUAAACAGACAGGCUCUGAUUCGGAAAUGGGCCCCUGUUGCUAUCGUUUUUGGAGUUGUCUUUGUACUUUUCUGGCUCAAGAACAAAAUUUGGUGAUCAAGAUUAGCAUUUGACUUCAUAAUGGCUUCUUGUCUUCCUCAUGUAUGACUAUCAAGAUUUGCACAGUUGUGAGAACUCUAUAUAAACUAGGUGAUGUCUACAAAAGACUAUCAUCUGUUACUUCUGAGAAAAACUGGGUCCGAUUUUCUGAAAUAGGAACAUUUUACCUUUAUAUUAAGGAGCCAAGACAUGAGAAAAGUAGAUACCCUCCGGUUUGGAUAUAGACAUUUCUUCUUAGUACUUCCCAAUUAUUUUCAGGAUUCUUGCGUUAAUGGGUUAUUACUGCCACCUCCCUAUUUUGUUUUUCCCCAUUCAAUUGAGCACUUGAUAUAGAACUGCAUUUUGUAUGGUUAAUGUAUCGUGUUAGUGUGGAGUGUUUGUUCUUAGAUAUUAAACCUUUUGUUAUUUCGUUUAUACAUUUUACUUGCAAAUAAUGCAAUGACCAAGAUCUGUUGGAUCCAA